AUGAGUCAAGAAAGUGAUACUACAACCUUUGAUACCAUCGAAGCUGUUGCUCCUCCUAUUCAAAUUAAGACAUUAGAAAAAAUUGAAGUUAAUAAAAUAUCAACUGAUUCAUCUUCAUCACAAAAGAAGAAUCUUUUAUCAGCACCAACUCUUUAUAUGACAGAUGAAAAAGCUGAUAAAUUAAAACAAUAUGAACCGACUGAUGUAGCAAAACUAAAAGAAAGAAAACACUCAGAUUUUACUAAACCUUUAAAUCCUAAAAGUUUAAGUAAUUCACAAAACUCACAACACACUUCUUCUGAUGAACCAGUACUAUUAAAACAUCCUCAAAUUACAGUAAGAGAUUCUGUUCUUAAAAAAGAUAUUCAAUUAAUUGAUGAAAAUGAAAAAUUAGAUUCUAUAAGUGAAAUACCAACAGUUAUUCAUAAUGAGGAAGAUCCAAAACAAAUAGAUAUUGUUUCAACAGAACAAAAAGGGAAAACCACAUCUUCAGCACCAUUAGUUGAUAAUAAAGGUUCUGAAGAAAUGGAAGUUGUGGAUAUUGCAGGAAACGAAAUUUCAUCAACCCCAUUUUCAUCACAAAAUAUUAAAUCAACUCCGGAAUUUACUAUUGGAAUAAAAACAAGAGGUCUAGAAAAAAAACAACGAUUUACUCGUGUAAGUGAAUUAAACAGUUCAAAAGCAAAGAAAAAUCUUGCUCAAGAAGAGUAUGAUGAAAGAGAGUUAUCGUACAUUUCUUCAUUAAUUAAAGAAGACGAUAAAUCACACAUAGAAACUAUCAUUGAAGAAGAAACAAAAAAAAGUCCAGAAACAAAUAAAAAAGAAAUUAUGAGUCAAAAAGUAAGUUGGAUGAGUCAAAAAUUAAAAAGUCAAAAAAAGAAUUUAAAUGAAACUAGUGAAAUUAAAAGUGGAAGUCAAAAACGAGAUACACAAUAUACAAGCUCAGAUGAACUUAAACAAAAUGAAGAACCAAAAAAAAUUAUUGAAAAAGAUGAAGCUGUUCCGGUUAAAUAUGAAGAAAGUUCAGCAGCAAGUCUUGAAGUAGUUGAAAGUCUUGCUGCUUUAACAAAAGGAAAAAAAAAAGAAGAAACAAAAAGAGUAGUUAAAAUGGAAGAAACUAGUGAAAUAUUAGGUCAAGAAGUUAAAGAUAUAAAAGAUGGAGAAACUAUUAGAGAAAAAAGGAUGAAAGAAAAAGAGUCAAAAAAUCAAGAACGAAAGAAAAUUAUUCAAGAAAUAAAAGACACUAUUAAUAUUUUAGAUAAAAAGGUGAGUACAAUUAGUGUAAAGAAAGAAGAAAUUGACCAAGAAACAAAAAAUAAAAUUACAUUACAAAUGAGUCAAAAAGUCCCAAGUCUUGGUUCACUUAAUUCAAGUCAGUUAUUAAAAAAUUCUACAAAUCAAAGUGGAGAAAAAAAAAUGGAAGAGAUUGUAGAUAAAGAGGCAAUGAGAAAAAGUUUAAAUCAAUUAGAUAAUCUUCUAUCUUCUCAAAUUGGUGAUGUGGCUGAUGCAGAAGAUCUUGUUGCUAUGCCAUUACCUGAAGAUGAACAAGAAGAAAUAGUUAAGGAACUUUCUAAAGAAAUUGAUAAAGAAAAAGAGAAAAAACCAAAAUUAAAAGAAGACAAUAAAGAGAAAGGAAAAAAGAAAGGAAUUCUUGAAAGAGAAAAAGAACUAAUCAAAGAUAAUGAAAAUAAAACAAAGAAAGGAUUAAGUGGUACAAAACAAAUGAGAAAGAGUCUACUAAAGAAAGAUGAACCAGAAGAAAAGAAAAAUAUUAGUAAGGCAAUGAAAGAAAUUAAAAAUGAGGUAUUAGGAAAGAAAGAGAAAAAAAUUAAAGAAAAAUUGACAAAUGAAAUUGACAAAGAAAAACCUGUAAAAGAAAAUAUAAAAAUAAAUGAAGGUAAUGAAAGUAACAAUGGAUUAUCAGGUAUUUCUGAUAUUGUAGGAAGCCAACCAGUUAAAAGUACACCUGAGUGGGAAGAAAAACCUAUUGAUAAAUGGAAGAAAACUACUACUCAAGAGAUAAGUGAACCUAAAGAAAAAAAAGGAAGAAAAAGCUCAAGAGCAGAAAGUGAAAAGAAGUUCAAAACACAAGAAGAUACUUCUACAAGUAAAUUAAAAUCAACAUUUUCACCAUAUAACCCCUCACAAACUCAAAAAGAAAAACAUACACAAAAAGGACGUAAAGAAAAAAAAAUUAAAAUAAUUACAGAGGAAAAUCAACCAAAGUAUCAACAAUUGUUAAAUAUUAUUAAAGCAAGUUCUGAGCCAGGAGAAGAGUUCUUUGAUAUAGAAAAUGAUAAAAGAAAUGAAAAAGUAAUUGUUGUCCAAGGCAGAACUGAAGAAACGUUUGUUGAUCAAUACCAAAGUGGAAGAAGAGUAUUACGAUAUCAAAAUAUUAAAGGAAGAAAAAGAACAUAUCCAAUAUGGAGAAGAGUUAAUUACUAUGAUUAUUCAUGGGGAAUGACAAUCAAUGAUUUCCCAGAAUUAAAAAGAGAGGAAGAACAAUGGGAAGAACAAUUUUAUGAUGAACAAGGUUAUUAA